AUGAAGGCCACACCCUUAAUCAUCAACUGGCAUGAUUCGAAUACUCCCAUAUAUAGCUGUGAUUGGGAAAAGGCUGGAAAGGGAAGACUAGCUACUGCAGGAGGAGAUGGGCAUGUUAGGUUAUGGAAGAUAGAUUCCGAUGGAGAAGACCGCAAAGUCGAAUACCUAGCUACUCUACAAAAACAUACACAAGCAGUCAAUGUAGUAAGAUGGGCUCCGAAAGGUGAAUUACUGGCAUCUGCUGGAGACGAUGGAAAUGUAUUACUUUGGGUACCUAGCGAAACUUCAAAUAUUACACCUGCAUUCGGAGGGGAUGGAUUUGAAGAAAAGGAAACAUGGCGGACGAAACAUAUGUGUCGUUCAUCGGGUGCUGAAAUAUACGACUUGGCUUGGUCUCCAGAUUCUGUUUACUUCAUAAUUGGAAGCAUGGAUAAUGUUGCGAGGAUAUACAAUGCUCAAACUGGUCAACUCAUUAGGCAAAUCGCCGAGCAUCAACAUUAUGUUCAAGGUGUUGCAUGGGAUCCAUUGAAUGAAUAUAUCGCGACACAAUCAUCCGAUCGAUCCGUCCACAUUUAUACCUUGAGAACGAAAGAUGGACAAUUCAGUCUCGACAAUCGAGAGGAACCAAAGAGGAUUGGUCAUAAUUUGAAGAUGGAUUUACCAGGAAGAAGAAUCUCGUCCAAUAGUCCAGCACCACCCGAGCUUGGAUUUCGAUCACAAUAUCCUCCCGAAACUCCAAAUACAAUAGGCUCGCCAGGACCAUCAUGCCCAGGUACACCAACUUCUAUGGCAUUACCAAUGAAUCCUCCUAGUGUUAUUAGUCACAGUAGGAGAUCUUCUUUUGGUGCGUCUUCUCCAACAAUGUCCAUGCGAAGAUCAGCCUCUCCUGCACCAUCUAUGCCAUUACCCGCCGUAAUGCCUAUGGAAGCAUCACCAAAGCCAUACUCGAUGAUUGGACUUGGAGUCAAAAAUGCCAAUAUCUACGCCAAUGAAACCCUUAAGUCAUUUUUCCGUAGACUUGCAUUUACACCGGAUGGGAGUCUUCUUUUCACGCCAGCCGGUCAAUAUCAAACUCAAAAUAAGGGGCCAGAAGAGGGUGCGAAGAUGAUGUAUGAAGUGAUCAAUACGGUUUAUAUCUAUACAAGAGGUGGAAUCAACAAGCCUCCUGUCGCACAUUUACCGGGACAUAAGAAACCUUCUGUGGCUGUAAAAUGCUCUCCAGUUUACUAUACAACACGAAGAGCUCCCCCACCUAUUACCAAGUAUAUUACAAUCGACACAUCAUCCGCUGAUGACACGAUGACAGCAUUGCCAGAGCCAGCAAUAGUUCCUAAAUUACCAUCACAUGCUUCAAUGGAACCACCUCCACUUGUAUUACAAGGUGGUGAAUCGUCAAGACCCAGCUCUUCAUCGAAACCAAAACCUUUGGAAGUUGAAACGAAUGUCACUUCUCAAGGUCCAACAAUGGCAUUCUCCUUACCUUAUCGUAUGGUUUACGCUGUUGCCACAGAGGAUUCAGUUUUGUUGUAUGAUACACAACAACAGACCCCACUUUGUAUAGUGAGCAAUCUACAUUGUGCAACAUUUACAGAUUUGUCCUGGUCGACCGAUGGAAUGACAUUAUUGAUGACAUCUUCCGAUGGUUUCUGUUCAACAUUAACUUUCGCACCUGGCGAACUCGGACAAAUCUAUGAUGAAGAAGUACCAACUGCAAAACGUUCAUUCGUAAUUGGCUCGGCUGUCUCAUCAACACAAAAUACUCCCAUGGCAACACCGACAGCGGGAAUUCCACCUCCAUCGCCAUUUCCAAUCUCAAAUAAUCAUCAUCGUGCACCUUCUAAUCCUAUGGUUGCGCCAUCGCCCCCUCCCGCUCUUAUCGCAAGUUUCCGACCUUCUUCACCCACGAGAUCAAAUUCUACCUCUUCAGUUGCAACACAAUCAUCUUAUGCCACACCGGCGCUAGGCACGAUUAUCAGCAACCCAACCCCACUCGCGAGUAGUGUUCCUGGUAUCGUCGCCACGAACAUCGCAUCAGGAUUACCAAUGACAACACCUCCAGAAACUCCUCGAAGUGCCACUAGCUCGGUAGCGGGAAUCAAACGUCCAGGGGAUGCAAGCGAGAGCGAAAAAGAAGAAGCUGGAGCUGGACAUGAGAAGAAAAAGAGAAGAAUUGCACCUACUCAAGUUUUUCCUUCCACUAAUCCAUCGUCUGGGAAACCAUGA